AAUAAACUCGACCCAUUUCUCACGUCGUUCCGUUAAUACAAUCGAAUGGAUUCCGAAUCGCAGGGGAAAAAAACAGAAUACGAUUCGAAUGUAUUGAAAAAAUUCAAAUCGAAAUAUGAACAAUGCAAAAUGACAUUUUUACUGCAUCGAUUUUAAACUCAUUACGGCGGCUGGGCGGAUUAAUAAACCGAGAAGAAUGCAGUUUGUGUCGUCGUUUAUGCGACAAUUUAAGCGUAAAACGUCUUCGUGUCGGAACACAAACGAAUCGUACGCCGCCCACUGAAGAUGUCCACCGAGAUCGAAACGCGACAGUCCGAAACGACCGAACUGGUCGAGAUGCCGGUCAAGACCGAGAUCCAGAGGUUCUUCGAAGGUCAAACUGUUUUCGUCACUGGUGGUACAGGGUUUUUGGGGAAAUUGCUGAUAGAGAAACUGCUGAGAUGCUGCUACGACCUCAGAAAGAUCUACGUCUUGGUGAGGAACAAGAAGGGAAAGACGCAGAGGGAAAGGUUCGACGAAAUAUUCGAAGCUGAGUGCUUCGACCCCCUGAAGAAGAAAUACCCCAACUUUCUGGAAAAGGUAGAGUUGGUAUUCGGAGACUGCCUCUUGCCAGACGUUGGUCUCAGUCCCGAAUCCAUAAAAAUGCUACAAGAAGAGGUGACCACCAUUUUCCACAUCGCAGCCACUGUGAGAUUCGACCAGCAUCUAAAAUCGGCCGCUUUCAUCAACGUUAGAUCGGUCAGGGACCUCAUAAGGUUGUCGAAAAACAUGCCCAAGUUGCGGGCUUUCUUACACGUUUCCACAGCCUUCAGUUUCUGCCCCAGAGACACGAUAUUAGAAGAAUUCUACAGGCCUCCAUUAACUGGAGAGAAGCUAUUGUCGCUUGUCGACUCCCUGGACGAUUCAACGAUAACAGAAAUCACACCCAUCCUACUGAAGGACUGGCCCAACAGCUACGUCUUCACGAAGGCCAUAGCCGAAUCUGUUGUGCGGAAAGAAGGCAUAGGUUUGCCGAUAGUGAUGGUACGUCCGGCCAUAGUGACGGUGAGUGCCAGAGAGCCAGUUCCCGGAUGGAUCGACAACAUGUACGGGGUAACAGGUGUGGUGGCAGGCGCAGCCAUGGGUGCCCUUAGGACCAUGCCCGCAGAACCAGACAAUAACGCCGAAUUUGUUCCUGUUGAUUUCGUCAUCAACAACAUCAUAGCCGCAGCGUGGGAUGUGGCUCAAAGCGGAAGGGUGGCAGAGACUGCCGAAGACAUCCCCAUCUACAAUUACGUCUUGUCGCCAUGGUUCAAGAUCACUUGGAAGGGUUUCUUCGAUUUGUGUUACGAAUCCGGCAUGAACUACCCAACGAUGAAGGCCAUCUGGUACUUCUGCUUCGCGCUGAGGCCGAACCCUAUCCACCACCAAUUGGCGUUGUUCUUCCUGCACACAGUGCCUGCUCACUUCAUGGACUUGAUCAUGGUGUGCAUGGGAAAACAGCCAGUGGCUGUUAAGGGUUACCAGAAGAUCAAGAAGUUCCUGGAUGUGAUCUCGUACUUUGCCAGAAGGAACUGGGCUUUUGGAGUGGUGAACGUGAAGAAGCUGCUGAAGAAGAUGAGCCCGGAAGACAGGGAUAUGUUCAAUUUUGACCUUCAUUCCUUGGAUAUGAACGAAAUAGUCCGUCACGGUAUCCUUGGUGGUAGGGUGUACCUGGUCAAGGAUCCGUUGGACACGCUUCCUCAGGCCAGAAGGAAGUAUAUGGCGUUGAGGGUGGCACAUUACGCGUUGAUUGGCUUUAUCCUCUUGAUCCUUUUCAAAAUUGUGUCCAUGAUGUUCAGAUUUUUGUUCUGAGUGCUGUCAUUUAUUUAUUUAUACUAUUUAUUAUACCAGAUUAAAUGCGAUUGUGAUUGAA